AUAAAGUUAUAGCUUACAUGUGUUGACUUUGUACUGUGAAUGUUAACGGAUGAGAAACAGGAAGUUCAAUGAAAUGUAUACUACUUUCACUUGUUUUAAUGGCAUAACAGUAUUCCGUGUUCUGACCGUAACGUCCUAAGUGAACAUUUCAAAUUUUACAUUGUGGGACAUCUACGAUUUGAAAAUGAGGACACUGUUUUGAUCUAAUUCAAAAUGAUACUACUAGGAGCUCAGGGAAAUGCGAUCCUUAUAGCCUGCAUACUAUGCGUAAACAAGUAUGCAGUGGCUUUGGAUCAUUCCUUAACAAUAUGUAUCGGUGGAAAAAUACAAGAGGCACACACAGCUACGAUUAAAUCACCUAGAGAACUUGCACCAACAAUUAUUUCUUCCUCGGAGAUUUGCAAAUGUGCCAUACGAAGCAGUGAAAAAGAAAACAAAAGCGCGCAGGUGGAUCUGACUGCACAUGGUGAAGGAUUUUUAUAUAACAACGUACCGAUAAACGAUAUUAACAAACCCAGAUAUCCAAUCAAGUCGCUCAGUUUGAUUGUGACAUAUAGGUUAUCAACUGAGGCUGUGAAUGAUAGUUAUCUCAAAGUCGAAGGAGUCGACGACGCGAAAUUUACAGUUGAAUGCACACAACAUGUGAAGAACCAAGAGAGAAACGGCGAGAACAAAGACCUUAUUGCAAGGAAUGAUGAAUUUUGCUGUUUCUUUGUAAUCUACAUCGCCGUAGGAGUUGGUGUUGGGCUGACCAUUGUUGUUGCCAUUGUUUGGGUUCGAACAAGAAAACGAAAGAGAUCUGCUGGUCGACGGCUUGGAAGCAAUUUAAACACGAACAAGGCACACAAUACCAGCGAUACAGUCGACCCUUACUGGAACGAUGCGGAGAACGCCCUUCCAGACACAGACACAGUGCCACUCCGGGUCGGCGAAGCCUUAAACAAUGGUGGGGAGAAACAAUUCAUUAGGAAUGAAAAACACAAACAUGACAACGAUACUGCUGUGGGCGGGAAUAGCUCGAGUGAAGAAGACCCUUACUGGGAAGAGGCUGAAAAUGCCCUCUACAAUACUGAGACGAUGCCUCAACGGGUCGGACCAACAACGAAAAAUGGGGAGAAAAGACAAUUGAAUAAGAAUGUAAGGCACAAACCUGCUACUGACAAUGGCAAGGAUACUGCCUUGGUAGGGAACGCAGUGAGUGAGGAAGACCCCUACUGGGAAGAGGCUGAAAACGCCCUCUACAAUACGGACACUGUCACUUCAUCACACAUUGUCCAUAACCUUGAAAGAACCUGAUAGUGAAACUAACACAUUCGAUAUCGCAAAUACAUGUGUGUGUGCGUUAGAGCGUGCGUACGUGCGUGCGUGCGUGCGUGCGUGCGUGCGUGUGUGUGUGUGCGACAGUGUUAGAUUGAAUGCAACGACAAAAUAUACAUUGUAAACCAGAAUCUUGAGGUAAUGUUUAUAAAAGCACUGUGUACAGACCAGGCUGUUAUUGAACUAAGAAAACCGCAUAAAUACACGGUGAUAGCGCAUGCGAUCGUUUUUAUUUCAUUUGAUAUUGUGCAUUUUAUAUUACACUUUUGCAAUAAAUAUUCUCACUAAAAACCUGAUGAUGUAACCAGAACCGGGCAUCCAAAUGCAUUGAAUUAACAGGAAAGCAUUCCUUAAAUUUGACUUUUAUGCUGAAGAAUAACGAUCUGCACUCGGAAGCGAUUCUUUUUAUUUUAUAGACCAUAACAUCUAAGUCUUGGAUGAGGUUUGCGUGUAAGAGUAAGGUACACAUUUGUACUUAAGAAGACGAAAAUACUUUCAAGUACAAUUCCAGAUAUUAAAUAUAGCAAACAAUAUCAUAAUGUCAUGCAGAUUUGUUAUGGUCAGAAUCUGAAUUGUCCAUAGUUGCGAUAAUUGCAGUUUCUUUACUUUAAAAGAUCGUGCAUAGCACACAACUCAAACACUGUUAUUGUUUUUAGCCGAAUUAAUAAGGACACGGCGAC